AUGAAUAAUGAAACAGACAGUCCUGCCUUAUUGGCAUUUAUUUCUCGUAUUGAAAUUGUAACAUUACCAAUAUUAAUCAUCUUUGGUAGUAUAUGUAAUAUUACAACGUUCAUUGUGAUGCGUCGAAGACGUAUGCGUGUAUCAUCAACUUGUUUUUAUAUGGCAGCAUUAGCUGUUACGGAUACACUUGUUUUAUGGACAGGUUGUCUUAAUCAAUGGUUUUAUCUUAUUCAAAUUCCAACUGUUGUUGCUAAUUCAAAUUUUACUUGUAAAUUAGUUUCAUUUUUAUUUGUUUUUUUUGCUGAUGCAAGCGUAUGGAUUAUUGUAUGUAUGUCAUUUGAACGUUAUUUUGCUGUUUCACAUCCGCUACGUGCAUCACAAAUGUGUACAACAAAACGAGCGAAAUGGGUUUUACUUGUUCUAUUUAUUGUAUUUCUAUUAAUUGAUGGUCAUUUUUUAUUAACAUUGGAAUUAGAAAUAAUCGAUGGUCAUUUUCGUAUAUGUCAUGCAAAAAUAUGGGCACGACAUUUUGUUGGAAAAAUUUUUGUUUUUAUUGAUGCAUUAAAAUAUUCUGCUAUACCAUUUUGUAUUUUACUUAUAUUAAGUAUACUUAUAAUACAACGAGUCUUUCGUGCUGAAGGUAUAAGUGCUCAAUUACAAAAUCUUCGUCAAUUACAUAAUUAUCGUCAAUAUUCAGCUGGAUCUAGUUUAAGUUGUACAACACAUACAUCAACAUUAGCUGUUGGAUCAACACAACCAAAUUUAUUAACAAGUAAUACACGUGUUGGCCGACGUGUUACAUUUAUGCUUUUAUCGGUUAGUAUUGCAUUUUGUGUUUUUUCUGCACCAAUGUCACUUAUGCAAAUUGUACAAAGUAUAAUCAAACCUGGUUAUUAUGAAACACCGUUAGCUAUUGGAAAAGCAGUUGCUGAAUUAUGUCAAUAUGUUAAUCAUUCAUGUAAUUUUUUCUUAUAUGCACUUACAGGACGUGUAUUUCGUCGUGAAUUUGUUCGAUUAUUUUUUCCAACACGUUUUGGUGGUAAACGAGGUUUAUUAGCUGCUGGUACAGGCAUGAAUGGAAUCGGUCUUAGUGCACGUGCAAAUCUACUUCCUCAACCAGUUCCAUCAUCAAGUCGUCGUGGAUCAUUUUAUUCAAUGGAUAAUAAUCGUUAUGAUGGCAAUUUAGAUCGAUCAACGCGACGUUUAGCAACAUUAUAUCCAAUACAAUAUAAAAACGAAAGACAUCAACAAUCUAAUCGAUCAUCUCCAGGAAGAUCACCAUAUAUAUCAUCAAAUAAUAGUCCAUUAUUAAAAGAUAGAUUUAAUUAUUCAACUAUUGAAAAAUCUUCUAUACGAACAAUAAGAAAUGAUGAUAAUAAUAAUAUUUCAUUAACUAAUUUUUGGAAUAUGAUUGGUAAAAAAAAAGAAUUACAAACAACGAAAGAUGAUUCAUUAUUAUCUCUUAAAGUAUUAAAAUUAAAUAAACGUGUACCAUCAACAGUGUGA